AUGUUCAUCUUAUGUUCAUUCACCGUGCUUGGUAAUUUAUUUAUUAUCUAUGUUAUUAUUCGUAAACGAACAUUACAUACAUCGAAAUACUAUUAUAUUAUGUCGUUGGCAUUUGCGGAUCUUAUUGUUGGCCUAAUCGUUAUGCCCUUUUCUUCGAUUUUCAUCUUGGCUGACGACGAAUAUUGGUUGUUUUCACCCUAUCUCAGAUUUCUCUGUGAUCUCUGGCACGCAAUUGAUAUUUUUGCAUCGACUGCAUCCAUCCUCGGAUUAUGCACAAUUGGAAUCGAUCGCUACGUCGUUAUUAAAAAGCCUAUUCAAUAUCCAACUUCGUUCAUAUCGAAACGAUGGCAUCUCAUGUUAUCCUUCACGUGGGUCUGUUCAGCACUCAUCUCAUUUCCAGCAAUUCUCUACUGGGGAACCAAACAGCCUGUACUAGUCGACACUCCAGUCUCCUUACUCGAACAAUGCGACAUGCCAAACAAUGCAUAUUAUAUUCUAUUCUCAGCCAUGGCAUCGUUUUAUAUACCCUUAUUCUUAAUGAUCUAUGUCUACAUUAAAAUCUAUCUAGCUGCAAGAAACCAGACACUCGCACUGUACUCGGGCUAUAAACAUCAGCAUCAUCGAAUUCGAAUUUCGAAAUCAGUAGCAAAUAGUUUCCAUCAGAGAGAAUCGUCAAGUGAAGAAAAUACGAAAUUAGAUCUCUCACAAGUAGACGAUCAAAUUAUCCUUCGUAUUCAUCGUGGUACUUAUCAAAAACCUAAAGUCGACGUGCAAACUGAGAAGAUUCCUACUAAAAGACGAAAACGUCAAGGAAAAUUUUGGCGAACUUUGUCGAACACUCAAAAAGCCACUAGUUUCAUUGGUCUUGUCAUGGGCACCUUUCUUUUCUGUUGGUUUCCUUACUUCUUCUAUCUUGUCUUAAGCGGUGCGUUUAAUGUGCGCCUGAAAAACGAUCGUCAUCAUGAAGUCUUAUACAACAUCUUAACCUGGCUUGGCUAUUCGAAUUCAGCGCUCGAUAUCAUCGUUUAUGUUUCUACUUCAGCAGAACUACGGACAAUUUUUCUUGAGUAUUUCUUUUAUUUUUGUAUAGAGAAAAAAUAA